UGACACGUGUGUCAACACCGGGGAUGCUCGUGGUGGAGACUAUAAAUAGUCACACGCCUGCUGACUGAGGCAUCAACGGAAAUGUCUCCGACACCGCUCCUCCUCUUGUUGUUGCUGUGUGGCACGUGCUACUGUUCGUGUCCAGACUCGUGGACUCCAUUUGGCUCAUCCUGCUAUGUGUUCAUUGUACAGCCGCUAACAUGGAUUGACGCUGCAGCUCUUUGUGGGGUGUUUGGCGGCAAUCUCGUCGAAAUAAACAAUCUUUCAGAGAAUGACUUUGUGUGGAAUUUACUCACCUCCCGUAACGUGAGUGAGGCGUGGAUUGGAAUGAGCGACCUCGCGCAGGAGGGUCACUGGAGGUGGUCUAGUGGCGCAACCCUGUCGUUGACUAACUGGUGGCCUGGAGAACCAAAUAAUCUGAAUGGAAACGAAAAUGGUGGUGAAAUAUGGACUGGCGGUAAAUGGAAUGACACCCCCACUUCACGCGAGUUGCCGUCAGUCUGCGAGAGAAACAAAUAGGUAAAGACAUUUGAUCAGGAUGAGCCCUCUCUCUCUCUGUCUGAGAGCCUGCACUUUGGUGGCAGAGGAGUUGCUGUGAGUCUGACGAAAACUCAGAUGAGAAUAAUCUGAACAAUCCGAGUCUUCAACACAAAUGUUUCUAGGCACAAUAAAUUAUGUGUGCUUGAAACUC